AGGUGCUCAAAGCCCUCACAUAUUGGGUCACUCUUUUGCUAUUCACCAGUUGUGAAAAUGUACAGGCUCCAUUUGAAAUGGAUGAGUUUUGCAUGAAUGAGUGCAAUCCCACAGGAAUUCUUCAAAGUUCCUAGAUCUGAAUGGUUGCAAAACAUCCAUAGGCUAUACAUAAGUUUUGAUUGGUUUAUGAAAGGAGAACUCAAGAUACAGCAUUCAGAUUUUCAGAUAUUGUUGGAGGAGAGUUUCUUCCUGAGGAGCCAGAGAGAACUCCAAAUGGAAAGUUUCCUUUCUGCAGUCCUGGGUGAGCUGAUGACUCGAUCCGUAAGUUUCAUCAUCAACAAGUGCUCAAACCCACCAGGGCUGGCUGUGGAGGACAGCCUACAAAGGGCUCUCCUCCGGGCGCAGGUCAUCAUUGAGGAGGCUGUGGGACGGCAGAUCACAAAUCAAGCCAUGCUCCAGCAGUUGGGCUUGCUGAGAGAUGCCAUGCAUCGAGGAUACUACAAGCUCGACACCUUCAGGUACCAGCCUCAGUAUGCGGAGGGCGGCAAAGAUCAUCAAACUGUGAGUCACUUUAUGUCCCCGUCCAAGCUAACCUCUGCAAGGGAUCCCUAUUUCUCGAGUCCAAGGGCACAGAACUUGGGACCACUAAGAGAGGCACUUGACAGAUUGACCUCCAUGAUUGUUGAUGUGAAUGAAUUGGUCAUUUUCUUGAUGAGCUACCCUCGUCUGUAUCGCCAACCUUACAGCAUGCAUAUCCUGUUGGGUAACUGCAUGUUUGGCCGCCAGAUGGAAGUAGAACUUGUCAUUAAUUUCCUGUUGCAUGAACAACCCCAUGGUUCUGAAGAAUUUGAGGUCCUGCCAAUUGUCGGUCCAGCCAGAGUGGGGAAGAGCACCCUUGUCACUCAUGGUUGCAAGGAUGAAAGAGUCCGUGAUCGUUUCUCAGAACUCUUUUUUCUGAACGAACAUGAGCUUACAGAUGAAAAUCCAGCUUUAAGAGAGGUAUGUGCAAUGAAAAAUCAGAAUAGCGUGUCAAAAUGCAACAAAGACAAGAGAUUGCUGCUUGUUGUUGAGUUAGCUGGGGAUCUUAAUGAAGAUGCAUGGAAUAGGUUGUAUCAUGCUUCCAGACAGUGUGUUCCCAGUGGUAGUAAAAUCAUAGUCACCAGCCGGUCAGACAAGGUUGUAAAGUUAGGAACAACACGACCUCUAACUCUGAAAUAUCUACCACAUGAAGCAUACUGGUAUUUCUUCAAGACGCUUACAUUUGGAAGCAUGGAUCCGGAGACGCAUCCGAGGCUCAUACAACUGGCCAUGGAGAUAGCCAAAACGCAGAAUGGUUCCUUCGAUGGUGCAUACAUCACCUCUUCUUUGUUGAGGGACAACUUUGACAUUCAAUUUUGGUCGAAGGUUCUGACUUUCUUGAGACAGAUGAUACAGAAGCAUGUCUCCAAAUUUGGCGAUCAUCCAUCUCAUCUUAUGAACCAAAAUAGACCUACACAAAUUGGGAGAAUGGUUGCACCUUGUCAAGAGUUUGUGGUAUACUGUCAGUAUCAAAUCUCUUCACAAGAGGAGGUUCCAAAGACAAGAAUCCAAGAUUUGAUGUAUGGAAGCGUUAUGCUGCCUCAUGGUAAAUUUGAUGUUCUAGUAUGGCGACCAAGUAUACCGCCAUACUAUAGUUAUAUCGCUACUUGUGAGGUUCGAGAGCUAAGAACUACAGCUGCCAAGAGGAAGCGUUCUAGGAAAGAUAAAGUUGCACUUUGUUAGUUUCAUCAUUUUCUGGCAUGUGUAGGAACAUAUUUUUAUGUUAUUUUUUUUGGUAGGGUGUCACAAGUUACAGCACAAACAAAUAUGUAGAAGGAUGUCAGAGGCUACAACCAUUGUCAGAACUUUGCAGAAUUAUGCUGUCACUACAUUUUCAUAUGUAAAAUAUAAAUGUUUAUCUAUAGAACGAUGAUGACAUUGAAGCAUAGAUGUUCAUGGGAUUAAUCAAUUCCUUGCCAUUGGUUUAAUUCCAGAAGUGGCCUCAGUAUGGACUUUGGAAUUGUCUCUUUGACUUUAUCUCUUCAAGUCAUCCCUGCAGGUCUUUUUGUCAACGGAGCCUCAAUGGUCACCUUAUUGAGAUGGAGCAAUUUAUCAACUCCUUGUUCCAUGUCAAGCAGAGCCUCUUGGUUGAUGAAGACUGUGCAUCCUACCAAUCUUUUGCCAAGAAAGCUUUAUGGAGUUAGUUGUACUGAAUUGCUUGUUUCAUAUGAUUACAGCUGCAUAGGUACUCGAAUCUUUCAAGUACAUGUAAUGAAAAAUGGAGCAGUUUGAUUCAGUCC